UUACAGGAUUAUUGUGUGUGGCGCUCAUUUAGAGUAAAAGCAAUAUGGCGGCAGUUGAAUAUUUUUUUCUAUACAAUGAAAAUAAUUUUAGAAGGGCUGGUAGAAUUUAGGCCCGGAUUUUGGCUCUGGUCGGCUCUUUUACAACCAUUUUAUUAUUUUUUUCUUAAUGCUUUCGUUGGUCGUUUGCCCAUCAUAAAAAGGAGACCAACGUUGGUCCCCAAGGGCAAUUUGGCCAAAAAGCGUAUGCAUCCGUUUGGUUUGCAGUGACACGAAUUGAGAGAGAAAGAGAUGCCGUUGUUUGCAAUUGUUUUCUAUAUCAUAGCCCACCACCCGAAGAUUUCAUGCAAUUUAUAUUUGGGAAUUUGGAAAGAUAUCCAGUUUAAGAAUUGAUUAAACAAUUCAUUUUAAGGAAAGGAAUCCUAUAACAAUAGUAAGUAUAUAACAAAACAGUUAGUUUUUUAAAUUUAUUUUGUUUCGAAUGGCAAAAAACCUUUGUGUGUAUGUAUAUUUUGAAAGGCUUUUGUUU